AAACAAAUAAAAUCACACACAUCUUCCUUCUUAAACGCACUGUAAGGACUCAACGAGGCUGCACAAACUCAACCACCUAAUUUCAAAAUCCAGUUCUUCGAUUAGCAAUCAGGCACUUCUGAUUUGUGAAGCCUUGAAGAUGCCCAAAGAUAGAAGAUCUUCGUCUGGUAGGUGUAGGGCAUCUCCCUAUUCCUGUGACGACAAAAAUGUCGAUAUAAAGAAACCCAAAUCUCACUCCCUACAAAUUGAAGAUAAAAGUGAAUGUGAAGAAGCUAGAUGCCCUAUUUGUAUGGAACACCCACACAAUGCGGUACUUCUACUUUGUUCUUCUUUUGACAAAGGAUGCCGCCCCUACAUGUGUGACACGGAUCCCCAACUCUCUAAUUGUCUUAACCAGUUUCACAAGUCAAAUGUGAAUAAGGUGAGACAACAAGCUAAGCUUGCUUGCCCUUUAUGUAGGGGUGAAAUCAACGGGUGGGCUGUGGUUGACCCUGCUCGGCAAUUCAUGGAUUCGAAAACAAGAAAUUGCUCAGUUGGUACCUGUGAUUUUGUUGGAAAUUAUUCUCAACUAACAGAACAUGCCAGCUGUGUACACCCAGGUGUUAGGCCAACAGAUGUAGACCCUGAACGCGAACUUGAGUGGAGAAGGUUGGAAGAGGAUAUGGUGCAACAAGACCUGCUCAGUAUGCAGUUGGAGUCGGAUGAUGCCGCUGAAGUCAUUGUUGGUAAGCCUGAUCUCCCUCUCCCGAGUUGGGAUUCUGAUUACGCGAUAUUUGUUGGUACUUUAGAAGCAAAUCUUGAAAAUGUUUUAUCUGAGUUUGAUUUAUCUUCAGUCGACACCACUCGGAUUUGGCAUCUUUUGUAUAGCAUGCCGGAUAGUUCAUCUUCAGAUGAAUCAGACAGUGAUUCGUGAAUAUAGUAUGUCAAGAGAGAAUGCCCGAACCACAAGAAGCAGAACCCCUACACAUGUCAGACAGAGAUCAAAAAGUUCACCAAGUUCACAUAACCGUCAAGAAUAGGUAACUACAUUGGUUGAGUUCCAUGAGCUUAGCUCAAACCCGCCUUAGCUUUUAUGUUGAUUUCUCUUGGGUUAUUCUGGGUCAGAUAUUGUUUGAAUCCUAUGUAAGUAAUGUCAGAUGUCUUUAGAUCUGCUGCUAGUAUACAGGUACUUUGAUGAUCUGUUUUUGUAUUUUAUUUUGUUUAAAGUUUUGUUUUCUUCGCUGAUUU